UAUUGCCUCUAUGCAGAUUACAAUGUACAUAGUAAAUCUUAAACAUUUAUUUUUUUUUUCGUUAACUAAUUUUUUAUGUUUAAUAAUUAAAAAUAAAUAAUAUAUUAUUAAUUGCGACGUCUAGUCGUGUUGUGUUUUAUUUAACCAAAAAAAUGUUAGGGUGAUCAUCAUAUAGUCCGUCUUUUAAAUUAAAGGUCAUGUGCUCCUCGUAUUAAUAGUGUUAAUUUUCAGAUAAAACGUUUUUGUUUUGUCUCGACAUAAUAAAUAUAAAUAAUGGCUUCAGUUCUCAAAAAACAAAUUCUAAAACAACUCUCCAGGUUUACAAAAGGGUUAAAAGAAGAGGACAUAAAUUUAAGCACGUUUAAAGGCGAAGGCGAAUUGAGCUACCUCGAACUCGACGAAAAUGCACUUAUGGACGUUCUAGACGUACCAUAUUGGAUUAAAAUCACUAGCGCAAAAUGCGAUAGAGUUUUUUUUCAAGUUCCUUUCAUGGCCAUCAAGAAAGUUCCUAUGUCCUUGACUCUCGAUAAAGUUUCUGUGGAAAUCGAAACUUGUGAAAACGUAGAAUCAAUGGCAAUGCGAGAAAACAUACAAGCUUUUCAACCAGGAAAAUAUAAGUUUAUUAAUCAAAUAAUUGACGGAAUGACAAUUCAGAUCAACGAAGUCAACAUCACAUUCAAAGCGCCUGUUUUUUAUGCAUCUGUUCAGAUAUUAAAAAUUUUAGUACAAUCAAAGUCUCCCAAUUGGGAGUCGACCAGUCUUAAGGCUACAAGACUAAAAAAUGAGCAGAAAACUGAAAUACUAAUAUUUAAAGAAUUGACAUGGCAAAUGAUACGUAUCGAGUUGUAUUCUACCAAUGAUCGAUCGAAACCGCCUAUUAAACUGUUCACAAACGAUAUAAUUUGCCGUUUGACUAUUAAAAAACGACUUUCUGACUGUUUUAUAUUGGGCUGUAAGUUAGCGAUUCUUAUCGAAGAGCUGUUAUGUGUUUUCACCGAUUCUCAAAUGAAAGCUGCGCUUCACUAUAUCGAUUCAAUAGCUGGAGUCGUACAGAAAUCGAUGGAUCUUUCUCGUAAAAAUAAAGCUAUAAGAAAGCUAGAAUGUUUGCCAGAGUAUCAAGCUCAGUUAGAUCAGCAAAAGAGAGGGAAAUUCGUGUCGAGUUCCAAAAGCUCGUGUUUGUUUAGUUUUCACGAUGUCAUUGAAACGUCUUAUCAUUUUGUUGCUCAAAAAAUAAACCUUCAUCUUAGCGACGAUCCUGGAAGUCGCUCGUUGCAUCCGGAUCUACAAAAAGGAGGUUCCAUUCAAAUUGAAGUCAACUGCUUUCAAAUCGAUCUAUAUCCUUAUCAUUUAGCCGACAGCGACCGGUUACAUUGGGGUCUUUAUAAAAGAGCGAGUUCGUCGUUUUUUCAAUGGUUAAAAGAUUCACAGAAUGACUUUUGGAAUAAGCUUUAUGGUCUGGUUCAAGGAAAUGUUAAUAUGUCUGACGAGCCAUCGCAAACAAGUCAUAUCGUAAGACGAAUGAAAAAUCAGUAUUCAAAACUAAUGACCAGUUGCACGGUUUUAAGAAUAACUGACUUCAUCGUGUUCAGAGUACAGUCGGGCAAAAAACAAGAGCAAAUUGCUUUUAUAAAAAGCGAUAAAGAACGGCACAAAUUACCUCACGAUUCUAAAGUGAUUCAUGCGGAAUUCACUUACUACUAUUAUCCAGGAGGUGACGAAUUUCCACUACCGCCUUCAAAAUUUUACGUACAGUUAAAUCCUGUGCAGUUGAACUUUGACGUUCUAACGGUUAUAUGGUUAAAUACGUUUGCGUUGAAUGUAUAUAAAUCACUUAUGGCAACUAACGUAGCAAACCAAGAUAAUUUAGCAACAAUGAUCUAUAUUGAUAUAUUUAUUGAAGCAAUCAUGCCAAGAUUUAUCAUAGAAGAAUCAAAGCAGUGUUAUUCGCAAAAAGACCGACCGAAAUCGUUAAAUUUACAAACCAGUCGAGCUACUAUAAGUAAUGUUCGCACAAACGAACACGGUAUGUCCAGAUCGGAUUUAGCCAACUGUGUAAACAGCUUACAGUUUGGAUCUCUCUUUUACUCGUCAGAGUAUCCAGCCAAAAGCGGUGAUUAUUGUCCAGUAACAGAGAAGUUAUUAAGUCACGCUAAAGGUAAUGAUAAUGUGCGAGAAGAUCCGCCUGAAAUGUCCGUUACUUCAGUUGAUGAAUUUAUGAAAAAGCUUAGUCAAGAACUUUUAUGGAUUGAAGCCAAAGAUAUUUGGUGUAUACGGUUAGAUCCAGUAUGGGGAGAUUUUUGCGGUGCUAGAGCAGCCGGAUCGGCCCCUGUUCCGUUUCUCGAAGCAUUUCCUCUAACUUUAUGGGUUCAACUACCCAUGUCGACUCCGAUAACUGAUGUGUCUAAAAGUGACGUGAAAUACGGUGACAUGAACGUGUUGUGUUAUGUAGCAAAUUUGAUUAGUGUUCAGAUCAAUCAUUAUCAAUAUCUUUUUCUCAUGCGUGUGAUGGAUGUGGUCGAAGAACUGGCCACGUACGUCGUUGCUGAUCAACACAAUAUUAUCGGAGGGGAAAAAAACGGAUCGUUCAUAUUCGCAGCGCUAUUCACCCAAGUCGAAGUGACGUUUGUCACUAGUGCUUUGUUUAAUAAAAUCGGCGGCGCCGACGAUAUAAGCUCCAGUGUUGUUGCCGAUUCGUCUAGUAUGGUUACCCAAAGCGGUCAUAGCAUACAUAGCAGUAACAUUGUACAGCCCACAUACGAGGACGUGGAGUAUGUGGGCGACAUGAGUCAAGCGUUCAGGAUACCGAUGGCCAUUACAGCUGCGGUAGCUAGUGAUAAACGUAAGGAUUUCAUGUCGCACAAAUCGGCUUCUGUUGUGUACGAUAACCUUAAAGAAAUGUCUCAAAUCAAAAUGGCCGAACCCGUUACAACCGAUAUUAGUUUGCCUUCAUUCAAAGGCAUGAAAAAGAGGUGGUUUAAUUUUGGCGCAUCCAUUGACGUUCCAAUGAAAUCGAAUGAAGACUUUAGCGAUAACGUUUCUGUGAGGUCGGAUGUGAGUUCAGACAGUGAGAGUUUACUCGACAUGAGCUUAGACACGGCUGAUGGAGCUGAUGUGAUAUUCAGAUUUCCGUCUGCACAAAGACCGAAAAUUGGCCACACUAAAAACAUUGAAGUCGCUUCUGAAGCAUUCAACGAUAUCGGAGGAGGAGGUGAAUUAACACCUCCCACGACGUCGAGCGAACGCGAUUCCAUUGGUAGCGUUAUUAAACGAAAAGAUUUGAUCGCCAUCACCACAUUUAAAUUUGGACGCGUAGAAUUAGUACAUCAGUCCGAAGGUUUGAGUUCGGUCGUUAAAUUACAAGUUACCAAUAUCGGUACAGAGGAGUGUCCGUAUAUACCUUGGGACGAAUUUCAGGACAAAUUUACAUCGAGAACACGCGACUGGAACGAAGUCGAAGGAUUAGCGGGGUUACCGCAGUUGCCGAGAGUGAUGGCUCGUUUGGAACAUAACAUUUCUCCUAGUUGUGAUAAACCUCCGCUGCACGUCAGCGAAUGGAAGAGUGAUGAUCUCACCGCUAAGGUCAACUAUGUGUUCUUGUCUUUGAAUUCAUCGUCGCUAACGAGUUUGGCAGACUUUUUCACCGAUGAAGAACCGUCAAAGUCACUCCCGUUUGAGGCCACGAUCGAAAACACGACAAUAAAAUUGUGCAACAACAUUAUGCAAAACGAUGCUCCGCAAGAGCAUCUAUCUGCCUCCAAACCAUCGGAUACUGAAAUACGUAUAAGUAGGCUGAAAAUUAAAAAAACUAUCGACGGAAUAGUUAGUAUCGAGCCUCUUAUAGAAAACUGUGAUAGUCCCGAAGACAGUAAUCAACUGUUGGAAGCCAUAACUCAAUUGAAAAAACUUUCUAUUGAAAAUGAAUAUCUUCACAGAAAGCUGACUGUUUUGGAACAAUUAAAGGACGAGAAUAACGAGUUGAAAAGGUUUCACGAAGAAAAUAAAAAUUUAAAGUCCUGGUUGAGUUCUGCACAAGACAAUAUAAGCAAGCUACUUGAAGAAAAACAAAACCUGAUUGAUCAGGUACGUAUUUUAAGAGAGUCAAAGACAAAUAUGAUAGUUACGUCAAAGAGAUAGCGCAAGUGUUGGUGCUUCACAUGCACGAACGAUGGAUCACCCGUAUGACUGUGACAAAACCGGUUUACUUUUUUAUAUUGUUGUUUUGUAUUGUUGUUAUAAUAACUUUUUUUUCUAAUAUAAGAUAAUCUUAAUUUGGUUAUAAGAUUGAAAACGUUAAGACUUCUAAUUUAAAAAAAUGCUUAAUACGACCUACAGGUGUAAUGUUUUUUACAAAUAACUUUAAUGUUUUUUUACUUUUACUUUAUUAUUUCUUAGUACAGGGGAAAAUACAAAUUGUUACGAUUGAUAUUUUGCUGUCUAAUCAUUUAAGAGAACAACACAAUGUCUGAAACACUGGUGUCUAACGUAAUAUUAUCAUCUUAAACCGGGCUUAUUGCAAAGUGGCCACUAUGUUUUCAAUCUUGUAUACUAAGAAAAAGACUUGUACUGCGCUAUGUGUAGGCUUAAAAGCAUUAGGAUAAUAAUAUAAAAGGGUUUAUUCGUUUAACAUAUGUUAUGUAAUAUAUCUUAUUAUCUUGCACAACUAUCGUUUGUUUUUUCUCUGUAUUUGCUGUGAUUAUAGUGAUAAAUUUUUGUUUUUGUUAUAUUUAAAUUAAAAAUUAUGUACAAUUAAGAUACAUUUUUAAAACUGACAUUCAUCGACUAACACCACUUAUCGAGAUUUUAGAUAAAUCCGAAAAAUCGUUCAACAAAGUAACUGCAAUUUUGUUAUGAAUUAUAAAAAAUUCCAAGAAAUUAUUUAAUAUUUAUAUGAGUAAUGGUGUUACCAACAGUUUUGUUAUCGUUAUUACUGUAUAAACUGAUUCUAAAGAAAAUAUUAUUUAUUAUCGUGUAACAAAUUUUAUAAUUUUUUUUUUUUUCUAUUUCUAUUGACCAAAAUAAAUCCACAUAAAAUAUCAUUUAUUAAUAUAUUUAUAUAUAAAUGCCGUGUAAGAGACUUACAUUUUUUUUAAGGUAACAAAUAGCUUAAAAAUAUUAUUUAAAAUAUAAAUAUUUUAUUCUUGUUUUCAAUUAUUAUUGUAUUGUUCUUUUGAUUUUUUUAUUACUUCUCUACUGUAUAAAUGCUCUCGACUAUAAAUUAAAUAUUAUCGUUGAAAUUAUCUAUUCAUUCUGUAUUUAAAUCUUAAACUUACAUUUUGCACAGAAUUACCGUACCGUUUUAUAAUUCUUUUAUUUCUUGCUCAACCAAAAUUACUAUCGGCAAUAACAAUUGCACAACUUUUAUAAUUAAAAUAAAGCCCAAAAUAGUUAUUUUCUUAUUACAUAACCUUAAAAAAACAAAAUUUAAAAAUAUUUUACUUAACUUAAAAAUGGAAAUCUGAUACUACAGUAUUUCAUCCUUUUUGAAUUUUUGUGUGCAUAAGUCUUUAAAUUGUAUUUUCAAAUCAAUCCUAAUCGGCUAGUAUUUUAAUUACUGAAUAAAAAUGUUAAUGUUGUGUCCUUUUUAAGUACUUAUAGCUGAUUGAUUUUUUUGUAAAAUGUAUUUAACAUUUAAAAAACAAACAUUUAUUUUUAAUUUUUUAAUUAAAUUGGCAAUUAUUGCAAUUUCUUAUUUAAAGUAAAAU